AUGUUGGUUAGUUAGUUUGUUAUUACAUAUUAUUUCAAUUACUUUGAGGUUAUUUUUGAUGAUCUAAUAAUUGGGCCAUCAAUUUAAUUUAGAUGCAGUAAAAGAUGUUUUAAAAGGGGGAAAAAAAAAUAAAAGAAUAUUUAUAUAAUAAUUAAAAAUAAAAAACUUUUGCAAAAAAUGAGAUUCAAACGUAAAUUCAGUUUUUAGAACAAAAAAAAAUAAUAGAAGUUGUAAGAUGCUAAGAUAAAUGGAAAAGAUUUACUCAAUUUAAUAAGAUUUUUGUCACAAAAUAUUUACAGAAAUUGCGAAUUUUCUGUGUAUAAAUGUAACUAAGAAAGUGCUUUCAUUUUAGUUAAAGAAGAAGACACCACUUAGCUAGCUAUGAUUUAAAUAAAAGAAUUAGAGUUGCAAAAAUAUUUAAAAAAUGAAAGGGAAGUUGAUAAUUAAAUAGACAAAAAUAAUUCGUCAUAAUUGCUUACAAAUAUUGAAAAUAAAUAAUACUAUAUUACUAAAUCAAAUGAUUUAUAUUAAAUACUCAAAAAAAACCAAGACCUGACAAAAUUAGGAGUUGAAAUACAAAUUUAUGAGAUUGAACAAAUAAAUAUUGAUUAUUAGUAGCAAUCUUCAUUUUUAAAUGAAGGGUAAGGUAUUAGUUAUCACCAUAUUGCAUAUAGCGAAAUUAAUGACAGUGGCAAUGAAAAUAUCAAAGCCAUACAAAUUAAAUCAAUUUAUGAAAUAAUUCAACAUUAUUCAUCAUAAUAUCAGUCAAUUAUCUAAAUGCUAAUUUCUGGAGAUUUGGUAGAAUCUUUAAUUAAAAGAAUUAAUUUAUGCCAAAACAUAGAGGUUCUCACACUGCAGUUAAACUCUAGCAACAUCGCUAAAAAGCAAGCAGCUGUUUUGGGCUAAGGCAUUUCUCGCUGCGUCAAUCUAAAUAAUUUAGAUUUAAAUUUAGGCGUCAAUUAAAUUGAUGACUGUGGAUUGGAGGAAUUGACUUCUGAAUUUCACAAAUGUAGAUAGCUCAAAGAUCUAAAUCUGAAUGUCUUCUAUAAUUAAAUAGGAUCUAAAGGAGCCAUCACUCUUGGCUAAAAGCUAGCACAUUGUUAUAAUUUAUAGACACUACAAAUUCAUAUAGGAUCAAAUCAAAUAAAUUCCGAUGGAUUCAUUGGAUUGGCUGAGGGUUUAUGCGAAAUAAAGCAGCUUAAAAAAUUAGAAUUAAUAAAUCCAUACAGUUAAAUUUGCUCUAAAGGGCACCAUGGAUUUGAGAGAUAAAUUAGAAAAUGUGCUAAUCUAGAAUAUUUAAGCAUUCAAAUUUAAGAAAAUUUAAUUGGAUAAAAUGAUAAAGUUGGAGAAAAUUACAGUUAAAAUUAAGAAAUUACACAAAAUAGUAAAAUAAAAACGUAUUCUGUGAAUAUUGAAAAAAAUAAUCUCAAUUCAGAGUGGAUGACAAUUUUUUCAAGAUCUUUGUCUGAGCUGAAGUACUUGCAAGUUUUAAAUCUAAAUUUUAAGCUUUGUAAUUUAGGAACAGAGGAGAUUAAGAUGCUUGGAAAAGCUUUUAUUUGUUUAAGUGGUCUUAAAACCUUAAAUCUUUAAUUGCAAGAAAACACAAUUUAACAUGAAGGUGUUUCUCAAUUUAUGAAUGAACUUGAAUAUUGCUUUAGCUUGGUUAAUUUAGAAAUUCAAAUGGAGUAAUCCAAGUUGAAUCUUGAAUCAUGCUAGUCAAUCAGUAACAGUCUUUCUAAAUUACCAGUUUUAAAUACUGUUAAAAUAAAUUUUAAGAAUUGUGAAAUAUAACCAGACAGUAUGGUUGCUUUGGUAGCUAAGCUUAAGUUUAAUGACUCUUUACAGUUUAUUUUCUUUGAUUUAUGCUAUAACAAUAUUACAAAAGCUGCUUUUUAAAAAUCUAAAUCAUUAAUUAAUAAGAUUUGCAAGUUAGUUCGUUUUUCUUACAAAGUUGAAAUAUGGUGA